AUGAAUAACGGUACAGAAUUGGAGAAUAUAGUGUGUUGUCCUAUCAAGUUCGGACUUCGCCUAAUCGGCGUAUGGCCGGGCACGUCAUAUGCAAUUUUGCGCAGAGUGUUCUGUAUAUCUUCAAUGGCGAUGUUUCAGAUUUUUCAAUAUUGGUACGUGAUCUUGCGUUUCGGAGAGGAGGAUCUCUUAUUCCUUAUGGAUGUAUUAAGCGCAACUAUGGCUUACAGUCUUUUGCUAAUCAAAUUGAUUAUUUUUACAUUCAAUGCUCGUCUGCUGAACAAAAUCAUAGCACACACAGUUGUUGACUGGAAGGAGCGCGAUGUUUACGACGAAUACACAAUGACUAGGAUGGCGUACAUCUCUCGUCGGUUCUCCAACUUUAUAAUUGCUUUGUACGCGCUUUCUGUGUUCCUUUAUGCAACCGGUACUUUGUUGAGGUUUAAAAGUAAUAAUCAGACUGACACUCGAGAACUUCUCCUUAAAAUGGAAUUACCUUUUGAGAUCAAGAGCACAUCAGUGCAUAUAGCUGUCUUUGUUACACAAUAUGUUCAUCAAACAAGCGCAGCCAGUAUGGUGGGCGUGAUGAAUUCCUUGCUAAUAACAUUAGUUCUUCAUGUGUGUGGACAAAUUGACAUUUUGCGGCAAAAAUUGUGUAAAAUCACACAAAAGGACAUCAAGCGAGGUAUAAACGACAGGAUUAUGAAAAUGUUGAUUAUUCGGCAUCAAAAGAUUAUUUCUUUUUCCAAGAAUAUCGAAGACUUUUUCUCAAAUUUUGCGCUAAUACAAUUUGUAUCAAAUACUAUGGUUAUAUGUUCUCUAGGAUUUCUUAUUGUAAUCAGCCAAGAGAUCGGCGAUGCUGUGUAUGAAUUGCUUUGGUAUGAAUUGAAUCCGAAUCAAAAUCGAGAUAUUCUGAUUUUGAUGAUAAGAUCGCAGAAACACUUGACGCUCACGAUCGGAAAAAUAAUGGAUCUUUCUCUCAAGCACAUGGCCCAAGUUUUUCAAUAUCGAUACGUAAUAAUAAACAUUCAUAUGGACGAUUUUUCCCAGUAUAUGGAUGGAGUGAGCAGUGCAAUGGCGUCUACUUUACUCUAUAUUAAGCUCGUUAUUCUUUGGACCCAUCAACGUGCCGGUGUAUUCGCCGCUAAUGUAAACGAUCCUGAAAGAUUAGAACCGUACGCGCAAGAGCUUAUUCUGAAGAUGGAGUUGCCGUUUAAUAUUAGUACAAAUUUUAUUUACAUGACAGUACAAAUUGUUCAAAUUUAUCAUCUGCUUUUAGUCGCCUGUGGCAUUACGAUUAUUAACUCACUUUUUGUCACUCUGGUAAGUUAAAUUGCACGAUACAGAUACAUUUGCAAAAUUGAAAGUGAUUAGAAAUUUUACAUAUAUAUGUAUAUAUAUAUAUAUAUAUAUAUGUAUAUAUACCAGGAAAAUAAAAAAAUAUUUUAUAAAGUUAAAUUUUUACGUUAGAUACUUCACAUCUGUGGUCAAAUCGAUAUUCUUCGAGAAUGGUUGUCAAAAGUUUUUUCCAAAAAUUCGGAUUCGAUGAACACAAUUACUAUGCGAUCUUUGAUCAUAAAGCACCAGCGCAUUAUAGUAUUUGCAGAAAAUAUCGAGACUCUUUAUACGUAUAUUGCAUUGAUGAUGCUCUUAUCAGACACGAUAAUUAUAUGUUGUUUAGGAUUCAUUAUCGUCAUCUCACUCGAUACACCGAAUGCCGCAGCGAUUUUGGUGAAAUCUGUAUUAUUUUACAUCUCGAUGAACCUCGAGGCAUUCAUAUACUGCUUCUGUGGCGAAUAUCUUAGCGCCAAGAGCAAAAUGAUUGGAAAUGCGAUGUACAAUUCUCUCUGGUACGAUUUUUCAGCCAAAGAAGGUCGAAUUAUACUAUUUCUUAUUCUAAGAUCACAAAAAAGAUUAACGAUCACGAGUGGAAAAGUCGUCGAUCUUUCCUUGGAGCGAUUUACCAGUGUAAGAUUUAACUUCUAUGAAAAGACGAGAAAUAUGGGGAUGACUACGAUUAGUCGAUUGAUUAAAUUCGGUCUUCACAUUUACGGUGUAUGGCCAUAUGUAUCGUCCACUAUAGUGUUCAGAUUGUAUUGGAUCAUAAUGCUAAGUAUGGCCCAAGUCUUUCAAUACGGAUACGUAAUAAUGAACAUUCAUAUGGAUGACUUUUCCGAGUACAUGGACGGAGUGAGCAGUGCAAUGACAUCUUCUUUACUUUACAUUAAACUUGUUAUUCUUUGGACCAAUCAAAGAAUAUUUUUUGAUGUACUACAAAUGAUGUCUGAGGAUUGGCAAGUUCAUACUUCGAAUUGUUAUAACUCACGCAUAAUGACGGAUAUGGCUAAUGUUGCACGUCGCACCUCGAGAUGGAUUGUUGGCAUGCAAAUCGGCUCCGCAACUUUCUACAGUGUCGGCGUACUCGCCGCUAAUGCAAAUAGUCCCGAGAAAUUAGAGCCAUAUGCGCGAGAACUUAUUCUGAAAAUGGAGUUCCCAUUCAAUAUUAGUACAGAUUUUAUUUACGCAACUGUUCAAACGGUUCAAUUUUAUCAUCUAUUUUUAGUCGCCUGCGGUAUUACGAUUAUUAACUCACUUCUCGUCACUUUGUCGCUUGACACACCCAAUGCUGCAGCUAUUUUGGUAAAAUCUGUAUUAUUCUACAUCUCGAUGAACGUUGAGGCAUUUAUAUAUUGCUUCUGCGGUGAACAUCUAAGCGCUAAGAGCAAAAUGAUUGGAAGUGCGGCGUAUGAUUCUCUCUGGUACGAUUUUUCAGCUAAAGAAAGUCAAACUGUACUGUUUCUUAUUCUGAGAUCACAAAAAAGAUUAACAAUCACUAGUGGAAAAAUCAUCGACCUUUCUUUAGAACGAUUCACCAGUCGACAUAAGGCUAUGAUUUUCUUGAAAGCUCCGCCUCUCCAGAUUUUUCUGCGAGCAAAAUUGUCUGGUGGCACACGUACCCUGAUUCUCGGUUCGUUUUCUGUUGUUUACGGAAAAUAUAGAGAUGAGUACGAUCAGUCGCGCGGUAAAGAUCUGUCUUCACGCCUACGAAUAUUCUCUGACAUAUUGCAAAUGAUGGCCAUGGAUUGGAAGAAUUGCGUUUUAACUGAUUGCAGUUUGCGCAUCACGAUCAACAAAGCCAAACUCUCACACCGCAUCUCAAAUUGGAUUAUCGGUCUUCAACUGGUUGCCGUAACUUUGUACAGUUGCGGCGUGCUUGCUGCUAACAUUGGUAAUGUUCAAAGAAUGAAUGUGUCCGCGCGGGAACACAUCUUGAAGUUGAAGCUGCCAUUCCAGAUUGAUACGUUUCCUAUUUACGUGUGCGUUACAAUCCUCGAAUUUUUUCAUAUAAUAACUUGCGGCUGUGGAAUUUCCACAGUAAAUUCGCUCAUCAUCACUUUGUCAAUUGGUACACCUGGCGGAGCAGCAAUUUUGGUGAAGUCAAUACUUUAUUACAUUAUGAUGAAUCUCGAGGCAUUUAUAUAUUGUUUCGCCGGUGAAUAUUUGAAUGCCAAGAGUAAACUGAUUGGAGAUGCGGCUUACAAUUCUCUUUGGUACGAUAUCACAAUCGAAAAAAAACGAAUGAUAUUGUUCAUGAUUUUAAGAUCACAAAAACGAUUGACCAUCACAAUUGGAAAAAUUAUGGAUCUCUCUUUAGAACGAUUUGCUAGUAUUGUGAAGGUAUCGGCAUCAUAUAUUUCCGUCCUAUUAGCGAUGAACUAA